UUGGGUUAGAAAUAUAAAAAAUAACUAUUUGUUUUUAUAAAGGAAAAAGAAAUUGUCGAGAAUGGAGUCAAUAUGAAACAAAGAUUCUUUUAGAUAUGUUUAGACGAAAUGCUACUCAAGUAGGACCGAUGAAAAAAUUUAAAAGUAAACGAGUAAUGUUCAAAUGUAUAGCACAAACAAUAUCUACUAAAUUAAACAUCACCAGAAGUGCUCAUCAAUGUGAAAAUAGAUAUAAAACGGUAGUAAAUCAACGAAAAGUUGGAUGUUCAAUAUUACAAAAGUCUGUAUCAAAUGUCGAAAAGAAAUUAAAUGAAGAAGAAAGAUCUCAAAAUGAUGUAUCAGCUUCAGUGUCAGCAAAUCAUGAUUAUAAUGGACAAAACUCUGGAACUAAUGUCAUGAUUGUCAACUUUCAAGAAAUAUAA